AUGAAGCAUAGAGGCAUGGAUCCAAAAGAAGUCGAUACGCAACGAAUACAUAAGUUAUUCUGUAUUCCCGUGUCCCGUCUAAACUAAACUACUCGUACUCGUUCUCGUAUGCGGCGAAAGUAUCUGUAUCUGAAGCACUAAAAGAAAAAACAAAAUAAAAGUAUCUGAAUGGAACAUACGAAUACGAACAUACGAUAGAUAGAUUCUGUGCGAACGAGCUCAACUAACAACGACGAACGUUCACAAAGUGAGUGUGGUUGGUUGGUCGUUGGUGCUGUUUUUCAGUUGUUGAACCGCAUUCGAGUUGGAAACAAGUGUUUACGGAAUAUAAAAAUAUUUAUAUGUUUUAUAGGUUGUCGUAGUGGCGGUUGUCCCGAAUCACGGAUGCAGGGAAUAGCCUAACCCGGUUUCGUAUGUUAUUUUCUGUUCGUCUCCAAAAAAUCGAGUUUUAAUUUGUUGUGUUUUUUAGGGAGAUGUCCCUGUGAUUAUUUUUAAAUUGGUAAAUUGAGCUAAAUUUUUAGAAAAGAAAUGUGUUAAACACCAAAAAUAGAAAAAAAAACAAGGAAGAAGAAUCUUCGUGAUGUGAAAUGGAAAAGAAGUGAAAAGUGCAAGAAAAAACACAACAAUCCUUGUUUUUUCAAUAUAGUAUUUUAAAUUCUUUAUACCUUCUUGGUUUAUUGUGUGGUUAAAAUAUCAAAGAGAUUAAAAAUUAAAAUCUUAACUUAACUUACAACCACACUUCAUUGGAUUAUAACCAGUUCAAUAGUUUCAGCUAAAUUAGAACUUCAAAGCAUCUUUAACAUCUUCCUUUUUUUUCCUUUGUUGAAAAAGGAUUUGUUUUGAAUUUUAUUAUUGGAAAUGCAGCGACAACGAUUGAAUAAUAUAAAUUAAAUCGAUGUGAACAGCGCUGUUUAAAGUUAGAUGUCUGAUUUCAAUGGGAUCAAGAAUUCAAUAAUUCAUCAUCAUUGAAUCUAGCUAAAAUCCAGGAACGGUGAAUGCAACAACAUCGCACUUCAUAUCAAACCGCAACACAGGAUUCCGUAGCAGGAGAACGAAAUCAAAAUUAAAAAACAGAAAAACAAACCAUCAUUUCCAACACCACUGUCAAAAAUAAAAAUCAAUUAUGGCUGCGAUUGUGUACGGCGGCAGUCCACGUCAUCAUGGUGGCCGUAUGACAGGCUCCCACCACCAUCACUCCUCCACCACCACUCACCACUAUAGUGGAUCCGCAAACGUAACCUCACCCUCUGCCUACUCGCACCAUCAUCCUGCGGGCAAUAAUCCUAUCAUCAUGCCUCCGGCAUCGUAUCUCUCAGGUGCUGGGAUAACUCAUGCAGCAACACUGCCUCCGCCACAGUACGGUGGCGGAGGCUCACCCUUGGGCUCUUCACAGCAGACGAUUCAUCAUCACUAUCAGCACUCAUCUGUGAUGUAUACGGUAGGGCGUCAUCAUAAACGAAAAUCGGCUGUCGAGCUCUUGGCCGAGAGCAAACCAUUCUAUGUCAAGUCCGAAACGGUCCUCGAUAGGCAUCAACAAUUGAAUUUCCGCGGUGUGGUCAAUUCAGCGGGUGGUGCUGGUGGCGCCGGUGCAGGCGGGGGUAGUGUUAGUGGUGGAGGUGUUAUUGUAGGUGGCGUUGGUGCUAGUGGCAAUGUUCCCGUGGCUAUUGUGGGUGGAGCUGGUGACCGAAUAUCGAAUAUGAAUACUUCAGGAUGCAUUAUGUCACCCUCCCGGACACACUCUGCCGGAGGAAUGCAUCAUCAUCAUCAUUCGCAACAGCGACAGGAUACAUUGCAUCAGUCGCACCAACAGCAUCCACCUCAUCAUCGACCAGCGAAUCGGCGAAGUGCUUCCUCCAGCUCCGAUUUGCUGCAGACAAAGCUUAGGAAGCUUCUCAAUGCCGAUUCAAAGGAAGGUUCAAUUCAUAUGCCCGACAGAUACAAAAACAAUGACCCACAGAAGUAUGACACUUUCAGUAAGUUUCAAGGUGGAAAAUACAACCAAGAGUUAUCGGUACAUGCCUCAAAUGAACAAAGUGAUCUCUCGGUGAUGUUUCCCAGUGCUUUUCUCUCACCUCAAUCUCUGCCACCACACCCAGCCUCAGACGAAGACAUAUACAGCUACGAAGCUGAAGUCAAUGAACCAUUGGUUCUAACCGAAGACUACCGGGCCAUAAGCCCUCCUGCAGAAUAUGCUGCAGUGGAAAGCUCACCCGACAAGGAGCAAAAUUCAAGAUACCAAAGAUCCUAUUCUCAUUCUCACGAUACGACUUCAGAUGAGCAUGAUUACUCAUCGCCUUCAUACAACAUCAACAGCCACAAAUCCCUGCCCGAUCUCCACUCCCAGAUAAGCCGACAUUCACCUCAUAGUGAGGUAUUGAGCUGCUGUAGCCGUGGAAACCGUUCAAAUAAGUCCGGAGGUAGUUCCUUAAAUCGGGAUUCUGGAGGCUCAUCCGGGCACUAUACUCAUCGAAGUGAACCAUGUUGCAAGCAACGCGGCGAACGCGAAGCCAACAAGAUGUCUAUUUGUGUUAACCAAGCCGACUAUCGACGGGACAGUGGUUCAUCAACACAGCACAGUGGAAACUCUUACUACACCUAUGGAAUGGGCUCGUCGAGGUACACCGACUGUCCUGAGUGCCGUCUUAAAUACCAAAAGGACUCAGAAUGUUUGCUGAAUUUCACUACCCCCGAGGUUCCAGAAGCUUUUCAGGACGACUACACUCCCGAGCAAACUCGACCUAUAACACGUUACUACGAAGAAUCUAGACACACGUCAUCACAACGAAAGAUCUAUCCACCUCCACCAACACACCACCUACCGCCUACCCCUCACAAGCAGACUCACAGCCCGACGAUCCGAACGCCAACAGAUGACUGCCUCAAGGAACCCGAAGUGAGUCCUCCGCCAACCGGUUUCAAGCGACAAAAGUGUCUUCGUUUCAAGCACCGGAAUCGUUACUCUACCUCCAAUGAUCGCACAUCACAGCGAAGUGGAGGCAGUGGAGGAUGCACAACCGCCGUCUAUGGCCCACCCGAUCGCGAAUCAGAUGAAGAUCGGAAGCCUAUUCUGCGAUCAAAGAGUGACAUAAGUGAUCGUUACUAUAAUCGAGGAUCUCCAAUGACCGAGCAACCAAUGAGUGGCGGAAAGAACUCAAAUGGAAUGGAAAAGAUCCGGCGAGCAGAAAGCAUGUCCCAGUUAGAAAAGUUCUUCGAUCGGCUUGGUCUCAACGAAGAGAAGUUCGAAGAGAUCUACAGUCCACCAAAGAGACGUUACAGUACGGACAAUGAUUCCGAUCAAUCGGGUUCUGUAUUCUUCUCGGAUGUAAGUACGGUGGACUCGACACGCCUACCUGAUAGCACUGAAACCCAACCACAAACAACUCAGCCAUAUCGACCGACAGAACCGCCAUCUAUUGUCGAGCGGAAUGCCCGAAUUAUCAAAUGGCUAUGUAACUGCCGAAAAUUACAGUUGACAUAAUUUUGUUUGGGUGCCGCUAUGAGAUCAUGGCGGCCUUAUUAAGAGAAAUUAUAGAAUGAGAAUUUGGUCCUGACUAUAAACAGAUAUACGACAAAAUCAGGCCAAAACGCACUCCUGGUGAGAUGAUAAUACUUUAUAUUUUGUAUCCGUAGGGCACGAUGAGACGAUGCACGUGACGAUAAUGAAAAGACACAACGCACUACGCUGCGCCGUGCAAAUAAGUAGAAUGUGUUUUUUAUGUAAUUUGUGUAGAUGGUGUGUUCAGUAGGAUAAAUUGAAUGUGUGAAUUCAGCUAAAUUAUUUAUAAGAAGAUAAAAUAAUCGGGUUCAGAGUGAACAAGACAAUAAAUCAACUAAAUACAUUUCAAAAAUUAAAUAAUUCUGAUUGUCAAAUUAACGUCAAAACAAUGACAAUAUUUUGACAGAUGGACAAUGAGAAUCUUACAAAUUGACAGUUGAUUUAAAAUCUAACUUACAUUGAACUCGAAUGAUGCGUUUGUUAUUGCAGUGAAAAAUUUAUAUUUAGCUAUAUCAUUAUAAAAAAAAAAUCUAUAAAAUUGCAUACAGGUUUACAAAAAACAAAAAAAAUGGUACAAGGACAAACCUUUAAAAGGAUGUAGAACAAUAAAAUAGAUUUAUGCUAAAUUAGGUGAGAUUAAAGUCGGUACUUGUGUUUGGAUUUACUACUUAUUAUUAUUUGACAGAUAUGUCACUUUUUUAAAUUUUUGGUACUGUUUUUAAGAAUCACUGCCAUAAACUACAGACUUUUUGAAGUUAAAUCAUUUGAAAUUGACCUCCAUUUAGAUCAAAACUCUGCGAGAGACAAAAAAUAAUGAGUAGUUAUUUUUAAGGAAGGUCAGGAAGUCGUUCUUUUCUUUUUAAAUAUUUUGAAGAUGGUCGAAAUGUUCAUAAUAGAAUCCCCAACAAACUAAAAAGGGUAUUGAAAAGUACAUAUUCAUAACAAUUCUAUGUUUCGAAAAGAAACAUUUUGAACUAUAAGAUAUGCUGAUCAGAAAAACAAUUUCUUAGGUUGUAGAAAUCGGUCAAAAACGAGUACGUUUUCAUUCAAACCGAAUCAAUGGGAGUUUUCAUUUGUCUUAAAAGUCACGAAUUCAAUAGCAAUAGGUUAAAUUUUAACAAUAUUUUUUAAUUUCGAUAAUCUUGAAGUUUAAGUACAUUGACCUAAAAGUUCAAGUUACAAAACAGGCACACAAAAGUCUACACGCUUAAUAACACCGAUAUCAGAAUCCGAUGAAAAAGUUGAGAAUGGAUUCGAAAUGACUUUUUACAUUUUAUAAAAAAUGUUUUGUGAUUGAACACAAGUUUUAUUAUUAAAGAUUUAUUUAUCUCUUCAAGUUUUUUCGGGCAUUUCGAAGGUUUUAUAGAAAUAUAAAUUCUGUAUUUUGCAUUCCCUAUGAUAUCUAGAUCUCUUUGACAUUUGACUUUUCUAAAGCGAUUCAUUUUGACGUCUGAUCUCUUUCUCACUUGAAGGUUAAAAAAAGAUAAGUAAAAGUGUAGGAGAUGUUUUAAUUUGUACUUGUAAAUGAUUAGAAGGGAUAUAGAACCAUAAAUAAUACUGUCUUUCAGUAUUACAAAUAAUGGGCAGGAUCAAAAAACUUAAUUGACUUCAUUUGAAGGGAACUUCAUUCUUUGAACAGACAACAGUAUCAAGGCAGCUAGUUAAUGUUUCAGAUUUCAUUAAUUUCAGACCAACAACAUUAUUGUCUACAAAAAAAGCUCCUUCAACAGGUUAAAAUUACAUAAUAAGUUGUGUUUUAUAGUUAAAAGAACCUUUUUACACAAAACUUUAAAUUAAGUUGUGCACUAAAUAAAUACAUGUAUCAGAAAGUUAUGAAGUUCAGCUUUCAAUUAAUAAAAAAAAAACAA